AUGUUCAACACCCUCUGCAACGGUGGCACCCUUGUUUUGGCUGAUCCCACAACGCUUGAAGCAGCAGCCAAAACAUGUCAUGUGUUGCCAUUAACUCCAAGCAUCUUGGUGACACUUGAUCCGGCAGCUGGCUUUGACGCUGUCGAGUCAAUCUUCCUGGGUGGUGAGAGUCCAAGCCCGUCACUGAUCGAGACAUGGUCAUCGCCUCGUCGACGGCUCUACAAUUCUUACGGACCCACGGAGACAACUUGCACCGCGCUCAUGGCGAAUCUAUUACCUGGAAAUCCCAUUACAAUCGGAUUUCAAAUCUCGUAUAGCACUAUUCUUCUUCUCGACGAGUACGGAGACGAGUCUUCCGAGGGGGAAAUUUGCAUCGCUGGGCUGGGUUUAGCUCUCGGUUAUUUUCAGGAUCCGGAUCGUACUGCAAAAUCCUUUGUAACCCGGAAUGGCACAAAGAUCUAUAAGACCGGUGAUUAUGGAAAAAUUACGGAUUAUGGAAUCCAAUUCUGUGGUCGAAAGGAUAGCAUGGUGAAGAACCGAGGAUUUUUGAUUAACCUCGAGGGCGACGUUGAGCCUGUGCUGUUGUCCUUCGACAAGGUCAAGCGCGCAUCCGCGUUCAUGUCACAAGGCCGACUGAUUGCAUUUGUGAGCCCAGUUGAAGCCAAAGCAGGCCUUCGAGAGUACCUUGAGCAAACUACAUCCUCAUUUUUGAUCCCGGAUACGAUUUACUCCCUGGAUGAGUUCCCGACAACUAGCAACGGGAAGGUUGAUCGAAGAGCGUUGCUGCAUAUGCAUGAAGCAGAGCAGGGAGCAGAGUCGAACAAAUUAGAGAAAGGGUUACCCGCAUUGGAAGCUGUGCAAAGGGGCUUCUCAUACGUUCUCAGGUUGCCCCAGUCUCACAUUCAUGAGGGAUCCUCAUUCCGUCAGUUGGGUGGGCAUUCUCUCGCCGCUGUCAUGCUAGUGUCAAUAUUGAGAAAGAUGGGGUUUGACAUAGGUGUUGCUGAGGUUCUCAUGCUAGACGAUGUGGGCAAGCUAGCCAAAAUCGCCCGGGUCAGGCUGGAUAAUGCCCCCUAUCCUUCGCAUGCGGACCAAGUCUCACUAGAUCACCUGAAAAAAGAGAUAUCGACGAUCAGAUCUCUUGAAAGCAAAAGAAUAUCGCCCAUGACCGACAUACAAACCCGAAUGGUUAGUGCUAGCCUUUCCAAUCCGGGGCAUUCAUUUAUCAAGACGUCCUUUACAUUCGAACAUCCUGGGCAAGAGGAUUUGACGCCUAUUCUUCAUGCUGCCUGGGACCGUCUUCACCGGCGACAUGAAAUUCUACGGACAUCGUUCGUUCUGACUGCCUCACGCGGUGCUCAGAUUAUAUCCGACGACACUGACUUUGCUUGGAAACAACGAUCAGUCAGCGAAUCCGAGUGGGACUGCGCCAGUCAAUCUGAAGGGCUUAUGGAUUUCGAUGGGUUUCCUGGAUUUGAUGCAGAGAAUCAAAAGUCAUUGUCACAGGUCAUUUUACUCACGUUGCAUAAUCGCCGCACUCGGUUUAUCUGGAGAGUCCACCACAGUCUAGUUGACGGAUGGUCCAUGGCAACAUUGAUGCGCGACUUCGCCGCCUGUAUCGACAAUCAAAAGCUGCCACCUGCGUCACAGUUUGCUCAAGUCUCUCAUGCAAUCGGCAAGUUGGAAUCCGAGUCAUCGGACAGAGCUGUCACGUUCUGGAAAGAGUAUCUGGACGGAUACCUUCCCGCUCAAAGACUUCGAUUGUCUCCGCCAUCCGAUAUCAACGACUACACGCAAGCAGAUGUUUCCUAUCCACUCCGGGCCAGCGUACUAGCUCUUGAGACCGCAGCAAUAGAGAAGUUUGCAGUCACUCCAGCGACGAUUCUAUACGCUGCAUGGGGCCUUCUCUUGUCCCGAUACUGCAGCGCCGAAAACAUAAUCGUAGGAGCCGUUCUUUCCGGUCGAAGUCUCCCAAUCCCAGGAGUUGAAAAUGUCGUCGGACCUAUGAUCAACACUCUGCCUCUCAAAGUCAACACAGAUCAUAGUCUGCCCGUGCAACGUUUUAUACGGUCCGUAUUCGAAAGUCUAUGCGGUAUCCUAGACUUCCACUGGUCGCCCGUUACCCUCAUCCAGGAAGCCUCGGGAUGCAAACCAGCAGACCUCUUCGAGACGCUUUUCGCCCUCCAAUAUGACUUUCCUCAAUCUCCUUGGGAAUCCAACUUGGUCUCCGCGCCGAAGGAUAUACGUUACACUGAAGCCACACAAGUCCCGUUGACAGUAUUACUAGAUAGUUCUGAAGGGAAAUUCAAUGUCCGGUUUCUCUACCGGAAAUCUCACUUCGACGAUCGAGUUAUCCAACGGAUGAUGCGCCAAUUUGACAGUGUCCUCACAGGACUUGUUGAAGCUACUCCAAUAUCUAACUUAGAUCAGAUAACUUCAACCAUCUUCACCAGCACUGUAAUCGGUAAUUUCACUCCAGACUCAGCACAGCUGGCCGGAAUACCCGGUGAGGCCGGGAACUUAGCGCAGGCAGUCAACAACAUGAUCCGAGCACACCCUAACAUAUGCGCUGUUGAGGGUCUAGCGAGCACCCUCACAUAUCAUGAGUUCGGCAAAAUGACCGACCAAAUCGCCAGACGACUCUCCAAGCACGCAAAACCAGGGGAAGUGAUCUGCGUCGUCAGUGACGGCUCCCUCUCGUGGGUUCUCGCGAUGAUUGCAGCCAUUAAAACCGGAGCCAUUUAUUGUCCAAUUGAUCAGAGGCUUCCGACUGAGAGAAAGAAAUACAUGGUUGGAAACUGUCAAGCAUCGCUUGUGCUGUACACCAAUCCCGAGCAAGACACAGUCCCGUGUGACGUUCCAUCUCUUAACGUUGAGUCGAUUAUGGCGCAAGAUCCCGCCUCUGAAGACAUCACCCCUGUCAACAGCAUAGGUAGUGGUGAUGAUAUCGCCUGUUUGAUAUACACUUCUGGAAGCACGGGUCUACCCAAAGCUGUCCAACUGCAGCACAAAGGCAUCCUGAACGUGAUCUCCCAGGGAGAAGGAAGAUUACACUCCUGUCCAGGACAACGCAACGCACAAAUGCUCUCUCUUGGAUUUGACUGCUGCAUCAAGGAAGUAUUCUCGACCCUGUGCUUUGGAGCAACGCUCGUCCUUAAAGAUCCGGAGAACCCCAUCUCCCAUCUUUCAAGAGUCGAUGCAACAAUGGCAACUCCGUCCCUGCUUGCAACGCUCGAUCCGUCCGAUUAUCCUAAUUUGAAAGUUAUCACUGUCGCGGGAGAAGCAGUCUCCCAGGCUCUCAAUGACAGAUGGUCCGCUGGCCGCAUCAUGGUGAAUGGAUACGGUCCGGCAGAGUGCACUUUAAUCUCCACAGUUGCAAGACUACGUCCAGGGGAGAGAGUGUCGAUUGGGAAGCCACUGCCCGGCACAUCGUGCUAUCUUCUUGACGCGAUGAAACGGCCAGUUCCAAUUGGUGUCAGUGGAGAGAUCUAUCUUGCCGGAGUACAAGUCACGCCUGGAUACCUACACAACGAGCAUGAAACAGCCAAGCGCAUCCUAAGCGACCCCUUUCACCCUGGCCAAGCCAUGUUCCGAACCGGUGACAUUGCAAGACAGCUCGAGAACGGGAACCUCGAAUACAUAGGCCGAGAAGAUAAUCAGAUCAAACUUCGUGGGUUCCGAAUCGAUCUCGGGGAAGUCCAAAGCACAAUCUCCAAUCUGGCCUCUGCGGCGAGAAACAUCGCUCUCGUCGUGUCGAACGGACACCUCAUUGCUUUUGUGACUCCAGAAACCAUCAACAUCACCGGUUUGGCGAAGCGUCUUGAGUCGCACCUCCCCGAGUAUGCAGUUCCAAACAGGAUAGUCGCACUUGCGACGCUGCCUAUUUCUGCGAACCAUAAAGUCGACACUAGUGCAUUGAAGAAAUACCUAGUUCAGGAAGACAAUCUAAACACGAGGCAUGAAGAGCUAGAGACCGAUACCCAACGAGCCGUUGCGGCCAUCUGGGCAGGGGUUCUCGCUCGCGAUCUCAACCUAAUGCCCAUCAGUCCGAAGGACCGGUUCUUCGAGCUCGGUGGUCACUCCUUGUUGCAGAUAAAAGUGGCCCAGGCCAUCUCCAAACAGUGGAACAUCCGCCCAUUGCCGCUGAAAACUGUCAUUCGACAUCCCGCCCUUCAGGACUUGUCACUUGCCAUUGAGGAGCUCCUCAACCAUUCAACCAACACAAAUGAACCCGUGACAUCCUUCCUAGAAACACCUUCCAUCCCACGAGAUAGUGAACUCCCACUAUCUUAUCUGGAGAAGGAAAUGUUGCUCAAUCACCUUAUCUCAGGUGGCUCUCCGGCUGGGAACAUGAACUACGUCUGCAAAAUCCAAGGCGGCAUAAACAUUGAGACUCUAGCUAGUGCUUUUCAGAUUGUGACAGCAGAUACCGAAGUAUUCCGUUCUAGGUAUCAGGUUCUGCAGGGAAAAUUUUCCCGAUCACUGUUGGUUGGUACCCCUGAGGUACCCCGUAUCGUUCAGACCGGUAAUCUGGGCUCUUUUGUUCACGGCCGAGUCACCAAGCCCUUUGACCUCGCCAUGGAACCACCUGUCGAUGUUUCUAUCGUCAUUGGGACGCCGAUGCAGGCCAUGGUGGUGGUCGUCAUGUCACACGUCGUCGGUGACGCAACCACAAUGGCAACGUACCUCAAUCAGGUCUCAGAAACAUACGAUUUCCUGGCUGCAAGCCCUCAAGCUGGGGCGGGGAUCGUUCUACCCAGAAGGCCAACGCCUGAAAAGACAUACAUUGAUUGGGCACACUGGUCUCAAACCGUACAGCCAAUCCCACGGGUUCUCUCGUUCUGGUCUUCGUAUCUGUCUGACCUCCCUACACCGGUCACAUUCGGCCGUCCCAAGCCAGCGCCAGCCACAUACAUGGGAUUGACCCGUUCAUGGAGCCUUUCCCCGUCCAUGUUCCGCAGCAUGUCCCAGCUCGCCACCAAAGCGUCAAUUACAAUGCAUCAGCUUGUGCUAGCAGGGGUAUUCUUCUGCUUACAGUGCGUCGACCGACGCGAUGACAUGCUCCUCGCAGCGCCAUUCACUCAUCGCACGGAGGGCGGGACAGAACACAUGACCGGUCUUUUUCUUGAUCGCUUGUUAAUUCGUAUUCGGAGGAAUAUAUCGGAACACAAAACACUUUUCCAAUUCCUGACAUCAGUUCGGGAAAGUAGCCAACAGGCUCUGGCGAAUAUUGUUCCAUUCCGAACGUUGCGCCAGCUGGUUCAGUGCGCACCCAGCCUUUCUGAGCCCCUUUUCAAAGUUAUGGUCACGUAUCAUACUGCGGCUGACCGACGACCGUUCCUGGAACUGAAAUGUGCAGAGGUUCAGCCCAUCCCAUGCAGGAAUACGGGCGGCUCAAAGUUCCCUCUGACGGUCGAAUUCACGGAGACGGCGCAGCAGGACAUUCUGAUCGAUAUGGAAUAUGAUAUGGGCUGUAUCAGCGAAGAGGCUGCGCAGCGGCUAGAGUUUGCUCUGACGUUUGUAUUGCAGCUCAUGAUUCUGGAAACCACGCCUGGUGAUAUUAUAGAUCUGGGAGCGACAUCGUUCAAGCCUGCACCGAAUGGCGGGGCAGGAUGCACGAAUACGAUGGCCCAGGAAGCCAAGGAUUUGGGCGAGCGGAAACUGCAGGAGAAAAGACUGUUGAGCAAUGGGGUCGAUGCAACGGUGGGAACGGAUGCAGUUGGGAUUGGGAUUGUCUCGGAGGCUAUUGGUGCUUGUCUUGAUCUUGACAAACCGGAAAUCGAUGGCCAAAAGUCUUUUUGGGAACUAGGCGCCCAGAGUAUGGACGCCAUCAGAUUGCAGAAGCUUUGUGAAGAGCGUGGGAUUCAGCUGAGUCUCCGUGAUGUGUUUGUGGCUGGCAGUAUCGGACAAUUAGCGGCUCGUAGUGUGAUGGUCGGAUCCGCCUAG